AUGGCCACGACGAUCAAGCUUGUUAAAGCCCGGCAAAUCUUUGACAGCCGUGGAAAUCCCACCGUCGAAGUUGAUGUUACACUCUUCGAUGGAACCUACGCAAGAGCAGCCGUUCCAAGUGGAGCUUCCACAGGUAUCUAUGAAGCCCUGGAGUUGAGAGAUGGUGGAUCGGAUUAUCUUGGGAAAGGUGUCCUUAAAGCUGUGGAGAAUGUGAAUUCGAUCAUUGGACCUGCUUUGAUUGGAAAGGACCCAACAGAGCAGACCAAAAUUGACAAUUAUAUGGUACAACAGCUUGAUGGAACUGUUAACGAAUGGGGUUGGUGCAAACAGAAGCUUGGAGCAAAUGCUAUACUGGCAGUGUCUCUUGCUGUCUGCAAAGCGGGUGCCAUUGUGAACAAGAUCCCUCUUUACAAGCACAUUGCCAAUCUUGCUGGAAACAAGACCUUGGUGCUACCUGUACCUGCAUUUAAUGUCAUUAAUGGAGGUUCUCAUGCAGGCAAUAAACUAGCAAUGCAGGAAUUCAUGAUUCUCCCUGUUGGAGCAUCUUCUUUCAAGGAAGCCAUGAAGAUGGGUGUAGAAGUAUAUCAUCACCUGAAGGCUGUAAUUAAGAAGAAGUAUGGACAAGAUGCCACAAAUGUUGGGGAUGAAGGCGGCUUUGCACCUAAUAUUCAGGAAAACAAAGAGGGUCUUGAGCUGCUGAAGACAGCCAUAGCUAAAGCUGGAUAUACUGGAAAGGUUGUCAUUGGGAUGGAUGUUGCUGCUUCAGAAUUCUAUGAUAACAAGGAUAAGACUUAUGACUUGAAUUUCAAGGAAGAGAAAAAUGAUGGAUCACAAAAAAUAUCAGGAGACAGUCUGAAGAAUGUUUACAAGUCAUUUGUUACUGAAUAUCCAAUUGUGUCGAUUGAAGAUCCCUUUGAUCAGGAUGAUUGGGAACACUAUGCAAAGAUGACUGCUGAAAUUGGUGAGCAAGUGCAAAUUGUUGGCGAUGAUCUCCUUGUCACAAAUCCAAAGCGAGUGGAGAAAGCAAUCAAGGAGAAGACCUGCAAUGCUCUUCUUUUGAAGGUGAAUCAAAUUGGUUCAGUAACUGAAAGUAUUGAAGCCGUGAAGAUGUCAAAACGUGCUGGCUGGGGUGUCAUGGCAAGUCACCGAAGUGGUGAAACUGAGGAUACUUUCAUUGCUGACCUUUCUGUUGGGCUGUCGACGGGCCAAAUUAAGACUGGAGCUCCUUGCAGAUCAGAGCGGCUUGCUAAAUACAACCAGCUUCUUAGGAUAGAAGAGGAGCUUGGAUCUGCAGCAGUCUAUGCCGGAUCGAAAUUCAGAGUACCAGUGGAACCAUACUGA